CACACACACACACACACACUAACACACACACACACUCCCAGCUCCCAUUGAAGAGCAGUGGACACAUCCUGACCUACUGGAAGUGUUGUUGUUGUUGAGCUGCAGACUGAGACUGUACAGACAGACGGACAUGUUACCAAAGACCCGCCUCGGGAAGCGUUCUCCAUUUGGUGCGUCGGUGAGCUCCACCUGCACGACGGCCGGGAACCUCACUAACCUGGAGACAGGUGAGACUGGCAUCGCCAUGGCAACAGCAGCAGGACCACAGGCCGUGAGCAGAGUCAGACGUCACCCCGGACUGAAGGUGUAUUUUCAGUGCGGAGGAGGAGGAGGAGGUGAGUCUCCAGGUCGGGUGGAUCAGCCGGACCUGAUGAAGAGUGAAGUUUCUGUGUGGUCAGUGCCUCCGUCCAGCAGCAGAUGUGUCUCAUCCUGCAUCGACGUCCCCAGGAGCCAGAGGAGUCCACAGGACGUGGACAUGGACGAGCUGAUGGCGGCGAUGGUUCUCAGCAGUUUGUCCUGCAGCCCUUUGCUGCACAGCUCGGCCAAUCCAGAGCCGCCAGCUCCUCCGAUGGACUGUGGUGGCGGCGAGCUCUCUGACAGCAGCAGCGGCUACUGGAGCGUCGGCCACACCAACGGAAGCCCGGCACCCUCUCCACCAAUCACGGAGCCCGACGCCAGCCCGGUCACGCCCCCUGACGAGGGGCUGGAGAUGGAGCUGGAGCAGGUGUUGUUUGACGAGCCGGCGCCGCGGAAACGCAGGAACUCUGUGAAGGUGGCGUACAGGUGUCUGUGGCCGACCUGCGGGAAGGUGCUGACGACAGUGGUGGGAAUCAAACGCCACAUCAGGACAACACACCUGUGCCGCAGCGGCGAACACGAGCGCUGUUCUCGCAGCGAGGAGGAUUUUUACUACACUGAGGUCGCCCAGUGUCAGUCUCCUCCCCAACCUCCCCUCUGUGGCCCCGCCCCCUCCUCACCCACCACCUCACCUGCCUCCCCCUCCUCGCCCGUCAGCCCUGCCCCUCCAUCUCCCCCCUCCUCGACCAACGACGCUCUGAGUCGCUCCGCCCCUUCCUCCUCCGGCAGCAUCUGGCAGGUCCAAUCAGAGCACUCCUACCAGGCUCCACCUCCCGGUCAUGUGGUUUCAGAGGUAGCCUCCAGCAUGACUUCCUGUCGUUGGACAGCCCCGCCCUCCACCUGCCACAGCAGACAGGGUUUGCCGUUUCGGGAGCGUUCGGUCAGCGUAGGAGAGCAGUGGCUGCAGCACCAGAGCGCCCCCUGCAGGAGGAUUCGUGGUGAAGCCAAGAAGUGUCGUAAAGUUUACGGCAUCGAGCACAGAGAUCAGUGGUGCACGGCCUGUCGCUGGAAGAAAGCCUGCCAACGCUUCCUGGACUGAACGGAGGAGGAGCAGUGGGACUUUCUUACAUCUGAAUCCAGAUUCUUUUUAUACUCUUUCUACAUUUGCUAAAAGUGUCUUCUUAUUCUUGAAUGUGUAGUUUGUAGAUGAACCCGUUUCCUGUUUUACUGAAAAGAUUUUCGGCAGCUAUGAUGUGACCUUUGACCCUGAGGCAGCUGAGAGUGUUUUUGCAUCCGACCGACUCUCCUCAGGUUUUCUGAACAAAACCAGCGUCUGUGUCAGGAUCAGAGAAAUAAAUAAUAAUAGUAAAUAUGCAAACGAAGGUGGACGACACGUAGACACGUCCCACAAACACAUCAACUGUGUCCACACGACUCUGAGAAGUUUGGAAAUGCCGUUGGUCUCGUCUUAGUUAGAAAACUACGGGGCUAUGUUGGAUGAACAGAGACAGAACUGUUUGGAAGCGAUGAUGUAGACGCUCACAGCCUCUUGCUGAUUGGAUCUUUUUCUGUCAUGAUGUUGCCGUGGCUGAUUCGUCUCCUGUCACAUGACAACCAGCAUCAGCCUCAGCUACCAGAGUGGAACACGGAGAAUCAGGGGUUACUGACCCUGUUGUCUUUGCUAACAGCUGUUGUGAAGUUAAAUCCUGUAUUUUUCAAUGACACUAAUUUGUACACGUGGAGGAGACGAGAUGUUAUUUGAGAUUAAACCUGAGAUUCCUGCAACUAACAACCAAAUAAUUCCUGUUUCACCGUCUCUUGUCCGCCCAGUGUACGUUAGUGCAGACGGGGAUUCAAGUCGUAGCAGAGCCGAGACACUUGUGUGGACAGAGACUGGUUUAGUUUGGAAAUGUCUUUGGACGGAUGAAGCCUGAACUGUCCACAUGUCCAGAUUAACCUGGGCCCCAACAUGCCAAGAUGGUGCUAGACAAAAUGCCAAACUCAAGUCUUCGAACGGCAGCUCACACAGCAGCGGUCGACGUCACAGCGGUUUGAAGUUCAACGUCACGUGGCGUUCGACUGGUCAAACAUUUCAUCACAUCGGUCUCGUUAACGUCCUUGGUGUCUCCACCGUGAUUUUCGUACACGUCACCGUAAAUAUCAACCGUUCGUCUUUUCAUUCCUCUUCAGCUCUUUGUUUGAAAGCAGAAGCCAUGUCCACCUUCAUGCAGUAUUGAUCCACACGUUUCAUCACAAAACAGAUAUAUUCCUUUAUAUUUCAUAUCUACUUUAUCCUGGUGUGUAUCCACAGAUAUUUACCGGGUCCAUAUAUCCAGUGAUUAUUCCUGAAGUCUUCAGAAGGCGUCAUCGAUACAGAACCCGGUUCAUUUGCAGUAAAAAGAGAAAAGUUGUAUUUAUCUUCUACGUGUUGUAGCUUUAUGGAAAUGUUGAUCAAUGUAAUCGUAUCGUUUUUAAGUUGCACUCUUUUAUACAUGUGAAAUCCUGACGUUCUUUUAAUAAACGAGAUGAAAAACCUUC